AUGGCUGCUUUGUAUGAACUAGAAGAUCCUAGUGCAAAAAAAAAUGCACAUUUAAAAUCUAUUCGAUUAAUUGAAUUAAGUGAUCAUUUAAUACGUUUAAAUCGUCGUGAAAAUACUCAACUUGAUUUACGUUUACAACAAAUUAAACGACGAGAAAGAAUUAUUAAAGCACAUUAUGAUAAAGAUAUUCAUCGGAGACGUUUACAACUUGCACAAAUAUAUAAAACAUUAGAUGAACCAUCACAUUUACCUAUUGAAAAUACUCGAAUACAAACACCUGUAUCAGUUUAUGCAAUUAAAAUGAGUCGAAAUCAAUCAGCACCACCAAAUAUAAAUCGAAAAGAUGUUGAAAAUAAAACAAAUUUAAGACCAAAUACAACACCAAGUACAAUACGAUAUAGUAAACGAGCAAUGAGUAUAUUUAAAGAAAUAACACUUAAACCACCAUAUAAAACAUUGGAUAAUAUGCUACUUUUAAUAAAUAAUGAAAAGAAAUAUUAUCCAAAUGAUUGGUUAAUGAGAUCGAAAACUAUGGUGAAUAUAAAAAAAGAAAAUUGA